AUGACAACGCCUUUAACGCCUCUAGACGACGCAAUCGCAGGCUCGGAGACUCGUUCAAAGAUUAUCGUGUUGGAGUACCUCGGGGGUUGCGUGAAUGGCGAGAAAGGAAGACAGGGCUAUGCCACACGGAGAGCCGGAAGUGACGUCAUGAGCAGCCACGUGGAGGCCGCCCGCGACGCCGCCCACGAGGAGCGCUGGGAGCGGCGUGAGGCCCGCGAGGAGCGCCCUUCGCUGCGGGCCAAGUCCUCGGGCGGCACGUCGGUGAUCGUGGUGUCGGAGUCGGGCCGCCUGCUGCGGGCGUCGGCGGCGUCGCUGCCGUCGGUGGCCCGCAGCUUCGGGGGCGGCGGCGGGCGCCUGCGGGCGCCCGAUCCAAAGCGGGACCCGGGACUUCUGGUGCGAAGCGGGGCGGGCGCACCGCGGACGGUGCACCUGAAGCCGCGGCUGCCCGAGGUGGACGCGGCGCAAUCGAAGGCGGACAGCGGCGCGCGGGCGGUGGGCGCGGGCAGCGUCAGUGCCUCCGUGAGCGGCGCCGAAGCCAGCGCCCCCCCGGAGGCCCCGAGCUCCUUGCCCUGUACAACAAAGGCGGCGCUGCUAACGCCCCGUCGCACGCCCACGGCAGGGGUGGUGUGGGGGCCCCCGCCAAGGCCCCGACUCCGGCCGGGGCCCCCCAAGCCAGAUGAGGGCGGGUGGCGCGGGGCGGCUGUGUUCAGGUUGAAAGUAUACACUGUAGGGUAUAACUCAAGAGCUUCUUUUAAGAACUAUGGUUUCAUGAGUCUCAAUUUCGUGGUUGUUGAUGACCUCAAGCUGGAGGCGCGAGGGUCCACCGAGCCCGAAGUGCUGAGCGUCCCCAACACCGUCCAGCUCCCAGGGGCGCCGCGAGACCCUGCCAUGAUGGAGGCGCGGAAGGAGCUGGUCGAAAGGGUCAUCAACGCAUCGCUGGACAUCUUCCUGGAAAAGAGUCAGGAGGCGAUCAUCGCGGCCAUUUUCACGUCGCAGAGAAUGCAGAACGCGCUCAGGGCCUUCGAGCUGAGUCGCGGAGUGCAGCUGCCCACAGACGACGAACUGGGUCUCCUCAGCCGCAUCGUCUUGGCCGAGUGGAGAAGGCAUCUGUUCAAUCUUACGGCUCGUUAUCAUGCAAUCAUUACGCGCAAUGCCCAUGGGCUUAAGACGGAAGAGAAAGAGCGAAGUGAAUUCUGGUCGAGCGAGCUGCCGCCACCCCCUCUGCCCUGGACCUUCUGGACGGCGCUGUUCCACGUCUUCUGCCUUGUGUCCACGAUCGGUGGCAGCAUCGAGGCGGCGACGAUGGGCGGGCGGACAACAACCGUCAUGUAUUCUUUUCUGGGCGUCUCGCUCUAUGUCGUCACUGUGGUUGUGUGGGCGGCAAGAUGCGGCGCCGCUUUAUCUGGGAUUCUCAGAUUAUUUGCGAAGAAAAAGGUGGAGUCCUCGAGCGGCAAAGGCAGGCCGUCCCCCUAUCGCAGUAUGGAUGAGCGACGCCCCAGUCCGGCCCACCAUUCUCUCAGAGGCCUUGUGACGCUGAUAUUCUUGCUCCUCGUGUAUGUAUUAAGCGCGGGCGUGCAUUUAGUGGGCGGUCGAGAUUACUGGUGCGGUCUCGAGAACUCUAUCCUUGUCUUGGUUACUAUAAGACCACCAACGCCUAUUCCUCAGGAAAAAGCUGAAGUUCUGGGUUUCAUUGCAUUCGUGAUGGUGGGUCACAUCCUCCUGGCGUUACUCCUGGCUAUCAGCAAGGCGUUGUGUGGGCGUUGGUGGGCGGCGUGGAGUGGGACAGCUUCUUGACUGGACGGGCGUGGGCGGGGGGUGUUGGUGGUGGGCGAAGGAACAGCGAGGCGUUCUUCUCGUCUCCUUCCCCCGCCCACUGCCGCAACACGAAACACGUUUAGCCUUAUGGCGUGAAGAUCUGUCUUCUCGGAAUAAUCAAUCACUAGCAAUAAAUUAAUUUCCUAAUA